CGGCAGUCUUCUGGCUGGAGGUCAGUUCAAGACCUUGAGGAGUGUCACAGACAGGAGGACAGAGUGGGACUUUACAUUUAGUGGCAAAUAUACAUCAGACGUUACUGGAUAAUCUCAAAUUACUGGAAUUAUGAAGUCUCCAAAGAUGAAACCUCAAGGGAAAUUCGUCAACGAGGAGGAUCUGAACGACGUGCUGUGUGAGUUCGACGCGGUGAUCGAAGACUUCACGUCCCCGGUGGAGAAGCGACACUUCAGGUACGACGAACACCUGAAGACCGUGAAGAGGAGGAGCAGCGCCAGCGUCAGCGACAGCGGCAUCAGCGACUCAGAGAGUGCAGAGUCUCUCAACAGAAACAGCUUCAGCUUCAGUGAUGAGAGGCUGAACUCCCCCACUGUGCUCUCCCCUACCACCACCACACCUCCGCUCAUGUCACCAAAACCCAAACUCGGCGACACUAAAGAUCUGGAGGACUUCAUCGCCGACCUUGACAGGACAUUAGAGAGCAUGUGACACGGAGGCUCACAUUCAUCUUGGAGUCGAGCUUUGGAGGGAGUGGAUGUCUGGGCCCCCCUUGAGCUGCUAACAUGCUCCCGGCCCCCACACUGAAAACCACCCAACAGGAUACAACUGGAUGGCACAGCAACUUCUAAGCGGCUCCACCACGACAUCAGGUCUAGCCAGCACUCCUAAAGUUAACCCAGCAGUGUCUUCUAACUCCAGGCCAACUGGCUACUGGGCUGUAAGGACUGCAAGAAGGGUCAAAAUUAGCAUCGUAGGGAACCUGAGGACAAGAAUCUUAGCUGCCAUACGGUAACAGACUCCAUGAAACGUCGUGAGGAAUGGAGACGUGGAAUAUAUGUUGCAAAAAGUCACUGGAACAUUUAUCGUUAGAAUCCCAAAUCAUCCCACCACACAGACCAGGUUACACUCCCUCACCCAAAAUUUAAGCUGGAAGAGUAUUUAAAAAAAGCUUUUUAUAAUAGAAAUAUAUUUGUAAUUUUAUAGAGGUCCUUAUUGUCUUUUUUGUGAAAUAUAUUUUUGUAUCUUAUGUAAAUAAUCUUUGUUUCAAAUUCUAUUUGCCUUGGUAUUAAUUACAGGACGUUCAGAUUAAGAUUUGACGCUCGACUGGAAUAAAGUUGGAUACAUGCUUAAAUGUGAACUGCAAGCUUAAUCCACUCUGGAAAAAAACUGGAAAGAAAAGUUUGUAUUUAAUACAGUUAAUGUCUGCCAGAGAUAUUAAAGUAUGAAAUGUUCUUGUAGUAA